CAGGAAGGAAAGGGACUGUCCCUGAUAAGCUUUCCUGUAAUUUUCUUUGUCAGUCAGUGAAAACCCUGGAGUUCUGUGCUCUCUGGUCAUAUGCUCUCUCCAUGUUCAACUGUUUAGAAUACGUAGUAAAACGGAUCUAAAAACGACUUCUGCUCAUUCUCCAACUGAUACAAUGGGAGGUGUGAGAUUUCCUGCAUUGCUCUGUGUACUCUUGCACACAACUGUGGUGCAGGUAGCUGAUGAGGUGAUGGGCAUGCUUCCUGAAUCUGUGGAUUUCUCAUACAGCAAUUGUAGGGACGAGAUGCUGCAAAUGGUCACAAAACCAGGAGGUCUGCUCCAGAGAGAGCUUAACAAUAAUCCAUAUUUUAAGUCAAUGUGGCAAAGUAAUGCAACAUGUAAGAAGAGGAUUCCAGGGGGUACAAAGGAGCACAUGGCUGCAUUGCAGAGCUAUGUAGAAGCUGAUACUAAAUUUCAAGAAGUAUUCAAUACAUGGUUUUACACCAAAGGCAGGAACAGCACAAGUUACCAAGAUUUUCCUUUCAAAUCACUUUAUUUCCUGCUGACAGAUGCCAUGCGACUUUUAGGCAAAGACAUGUGUCAAACAGUGUACUCUGGCACAGAGGAGAAGUAUAUGGCAACAGUUGGAGAGAUGUUCAGUUUUAGGAGUUUUUUUCCAGCCACAUUUAAAUUUAGUGAUGCAUCUGAAGAUACCGGAAAUAAUGGCGGGACUGUUUUCAACAUCACUUCCUGUUUUGUGGUCAGCCUUGAUGAAAAUGUGUGUGAACCAGAGGAAAUGGAUCUGCUAAUAUAUCCCACUGAAGUUUUCACAGUUGAGGCUAUCAGGACUGUUAACAAUAGUAAUGAUAAGUUUACAGAGAUCACCUUAAUACAUUCAAAGCUUCACAGUCCUUUCAACUGUAGCUCCCUUCUCGACUUUCCCACACCUGAGGAAUCCUCUUCAAAUUCGAGUUCCAGCUUACUGGCUCCCUUUCUCAUGGUUUACUUUUACACACUGGCUCUGUAAUACACACAAAUCUGUAUGGUCUCAAAGGUGCUUAAACUUAUAUGAAACAAGUAAAAACUACAUUACUUUUCCUAAUGAACACAAGUAUCGAAUGUUCCAUCAAGUUUAAAAAUAAAAAUAAAGCUUUAA